ACAGUGUGAAGCUUGAAGUCGAGUAUAAAACCAAACGCCAACAUUAGAAGGCGCAGGAAAUCCGCGUCGUUUGGAGUUGGAAAGAAAAGCCGGUUAAAAGAUUUUUAAAUUUGUUUCGUUCGAGACCGAGGAGAUCACACUUUGCCUUGUUUACUGUCGCGUCCUAACCCAACUGACCCAAGAUGUUGUCUAGGGGUUCUAUGAAGGAUGUGAUUGAUGUCAUGCAGUUGCAGCAAUCUAAAGGUCGAGAAUUCCCCCCUGUUAAGUACAAGGAUCGUAUUAACAAUUUUACAGGCGCUCGUUUUAUUUUCGAAUGUGGUCUCAAACUUAAUGCUCAACCUCUCACUAUUGCUAGUGCUGCAGUGUUGUUCCACAGAUUCUUUAGAGAGGCAGAUAUGAAUUUAUAUGACCCCUAUCUGUUUGGAGCAACUGCAUUGUAUUUAGCGGGUAAAAGCAAAGAUGAUCCUUUGAAACUCCGUGAUGUCAUGAAUGUGUCACACAAUACCUUAAACCGCAACGCACCACCACUGGAACUUAAUAGUGAUUACUGGAACUUACGAGACUCCAUAGUGCAGGCUGAACUCUUACUCAUGCGGAUGCUGCGGUUUGAAGUUACACCAGAAUAUCCUCACAAGUAUAUGUUUCACUACCUGAAAAGCCUGCAAGGUUGGUUUGAAGCUGAUCAAUGGAGACGGAUCCCUCUGGCUAAGGCUUCGAUUGCCUUCUUGCAGGAUUUCCAUUUGGAUUCUGCAGUGCUAGACUAUUCUCCUCAGCAUGUGGCUCUGGCAUGUAUUGGUCUGGCUCUGCAAUGCUAUGGAGUCACUGUUCCCUUGACCAAUGAAUGCGAUGGACCAUUCUGGUAUUCUGUAUUUGCAGAGGAUUUGAACAAAGACAAAAUGUGGGAAAUUAUGGAGAAAAUAAUGGCUGUUUAUGAUAAGGAAACUGAAGUACCUACCUGAAUUUUUAGAGUUCCCAUGGGAUUUACCUACACAUCUAUCAACUAUUCAUCACUGAUUUCUGGAAUCAAUUUAAUUAUCCAAUGCAUUUAUCAUUAAAACAUUAAAAACCCA